AUGGCCACCCUCCGCGUUCUGUCCAAGGACAAUGUCUCUCUCUAUGACCACACGUCUGGUGCCUCAGUCGCUCCUGCUGCCACAGCUGAGCUUAGCGCCCGUUCCCAGUGGCAGACUCGUGAUGAUACUGCUCGCCUAGCCGUUCGCAAUCACCUGCCGUUAGCCGAACUCACGCAUUUUGGCGAGCACAAAACCGCUAAGGCCCUGGACCACUUUCUCGCUCGCUGUCCCACCGAGCUCACUGUCGACCUCCUAGAGGAGCACCUCCUUGCAGCAGAGAAGAACAUAGUCACUGUAGGUGCUGCUCUUGGCGCUCCCCAUCACCCCAUAUUUGAGGGGUGCUCUCCCUCUCCCCUCGCCCCCUCCUUCGCUACUGCUAUUGCUGUUGCCUUCAUUGGUGCUGAGUUUGCUGGUGCUGUUUCUGCUCCUAGUGGGAGGCGCCGCAACGGCAAGGGCAAGGGAGCCAAGGGUAGCGGAGGUGGCACUGGGGGGGGAGGGGGGGUGGUGGUGGAGGAGGUGGAGGAGGAGGACGUGGCGGAGGGGCUGGUGGCGGGAGUGCUGGUGGGAGUGGUAGCGUCGGUAGCGGUGGUGGAGGCGGUGGCGGCGGUGGGGGUGGCGGUGGCGGUGGCGGCCGGGGCGGUGGUGGCGUCUGCGGUGGCGGGUCUGACAUCCCAGCAGCUGGUGGAGGUGGCGGCGGUGGCGGUCGGGGUGGAGGCACUGGCGCUGGCCAGAGACAGCAGCAGCAGCAGCGUCCCCAGACAUCCCAGCAGCUUCUACCGCUGCUUCUCCCGCCUUGACGACGCCUGGCGUGAGGAGAUGGGCGAGGAGUAUGAGCGCCCUCGCUUGCAUGAUCUGCUUAAGGCUGGUGUAGACAUUUUUUCUCUUAACUUUGAUGCUAUUAUUUCUGCUAUGUACGCAUUCGAAGUUAGUGCUGACGGUGACUGUUUCUUGUGUAUGCCGCCUGACCCAGGUAUAGAGGCUGCUGCCUUAGGUGCGAGCGAGUCUGCUCUCUCAGGUACUGCGCCUGCUGAGGCCUUGCACACCUUCACACCAGAAUUAGGUAUAGAGGCUGCUGCCUUAGGUGCGAGCGAGUCUGCUCUCUCAGGUACUGCGCCUGCUGAGGCCUUGCCCACCUUCACGCUUGACUCAGGUGCUUCUCGCUGUUUCUUCCGUGACCGCACGCACAACACUCCCUGCAUCUGUUGCCGUCUCUCCGGCUGA